AUGCAGCAAACUGCAGCUUCUGCUUCCUCCCCUUUUGCUGCUGCAGCGCAGCACGCAGCCCCCUGCGCUGUACGUACACCGCCCGCCGCAGCAGCAGCAGCAAGCCUCCCUCUUUCAGCAGCAGGAGGAAGAUUUGCAGAAUUCCCCAAUCUCCAUUUCCCGCCUCUAAUCAGCCCCCCAGCUUCCGCGCCUCUGCUGCAGCAGCAGCCGCUGCAGCAGCAGCAGCUGCAGCAGCAGCAGCUGCAGCAGCUGCCGCAGCAGCUGCCGCAGGAGCUGCAGCAGCAGCUGCCCUGGGAACUGCAGCAGGAGCUGCCGCAGCAGCUGCAGCAGGAUCUGCAGCAGGUGCUGCCACAGGAGCUGCCGCAGCAGCUGCAGCACCCGCACGUUCAUCAGCAGCCGCACCUGCACCAGCAGCAGCAGCAGCAGCAGCCACAGCAGCAGCAGCAGCCUGGCCUGGACCAGCAGCAACAGCAGCAGCAGCAGCAGCAGCAGCCGCACCUGCACCAGCAGCCUCACCUGCAGCUGCAGCAGCCCCUGCAGCAGCAGCCGCACCCUCACGAGCAGCACCAGCAGCAGCACCUGCAGCAGCAGCACCACCACCAGCACCAGCAGCAGCACCUGCAGCAGCAGCCGCACCCUCACGAGCAGCAGCAGCAGCAGCUGCAGCAGCAGCAGCAGCAGCAGGGCUGCUGCUGGGGCCUGUGGGGCCUGCGGUGUCCGUUUGUGGGGUACGACCCGCUGCUGAACAUGUGGGUGGUGGCGAUUUUGCUGACAGCAAAUUCGAAGUUGGAAAGUCCGGACUUUUCGGACUUUUUGCGAAAUUCAAAUUUUCAAAAAAGUUUUAAUUUUCAAAAAAGUUUUAAUUUGCAAAAUAAUUUAAAUUUGCAAAAUUCAAACUUUUUGUUCUUUUCCAAAUACUGCGUCCGCAAAAGGGGCUUCGAGGGCGCCCGCCGCAAGGCCUUUGCGGCCUGCCGCCGCCUGCUGCAGCAGCAGCAGCACGCCCGCUGCAGCCCCCCUGCUGCUGCUGCUGCUGCUGCUGCUGCUGCUGCUGCGGACCGCGCAGCAGCAGCAGCAGCAGCAGCAGCAGCGGCGGAGGCGCAGGGCGGGGGAGACGCCGCCAGCGAGGAAGCUGGCAGCGGCCCCUCCAUGUUCUUCUCGAGAGCCAAAGAGGCCUGGUGCACGCAGUGGUAUGAAGGAACCAAACGCGCCUUCAAGUCCUUUUCCUGCAGAGUGUACGGCGGCCAGGCGGAGCCGCUGUGUCGGUGGUUUUUGGGAUUUGUCCGCCGCGGGGGCCGCAGGCCCUCCACUGUGGAAUUAGAACUCCAAUAUGCGCGACUUUGUUCUUUUUCGGACUUUAAAUCUCCAAAAAAGGACUUUUUCCCGCAAAGUUCUGCCAAAAAACUCCCCAGAGUUUGGGGUGUACAGACACCCGGGGCCCCCCCCGCUGUCUGUACACCCCAGACGCGCCGCUCCCCAGCGCCUCCGCGGAACUCCCAGAAGUUCAUUUCCUCUUUUUUGGACUCCGAGGGAUUCUUAACAGAGGCUGCCGCAGGAUUCAGCCUCCAGCAGCAGCAGCAGCAGCAGCAGCAGCAGCAGCAGCAGCAGCAGGAGGCGCAUGGAGAGACCAGUGGUCAGUCCGCCGCUGCAGCUCUCCAUCAGCGGCAGCUCUACGGCUUCGCAGUGGCCAGCCCGGCAAAUCCCCAGGAGGCAGAGCUGCAGCAGCAGCAGCAGCAGCUGCAGCUGCAGCAGCAGCAGCAGCAGCAGCAGCAGCAGCAGCAGCAGCCUCUGUAUUGCCACUGA